AAUAUCGAGAAUGCAGCACAUCUCCGCCCAGUCUCUUCCCUCAAACGCGUUAUUAUCCUCUCACCUCCCCUCGCUCGCCCGUCUCCCCGCCCAGUCACCUGUCCCGGGCGCGCCACCCGGACUCUCCAGGCCGGCGCUCGUGCACAGGAGGCUGCGGGUGUGUGAGGACAAAUAAGGAAAAGGAUUCUUUCUCCUUAUAAUAGAAGAUGUUGGGGAAAGGGACAUUGUUCUCUUAUCAAGUCAAGUAAAUAUGUAAUUUCUCCUUACACAUCUGCGGGAGUCACAAAAACUUCUCAUUUUCUGGAUAGAAGAAACAUUCAACAAUUAAUUUGUUUCUCAUCUCAUACAUGAUGAGUCUCACAGGAGAUAGACCCAUUCUGUGCUCUGAGUGUGACAAAAGCUUUAGACAUAAAUCAGAGCUUCUCAAACAUCAGAGGAGUCACACAGGAGAGAAACCAUUUCCAUGCUCUGAGUGUAGCAAGCGUUUUUCCCGUAAAUCACAUCUUGUUAUACACCAGAGGGAUCACACAGGAGAGAAUCCAUAUAAAUGCUCUGAGUGUAGCAAAUGUUUUUCCCGUAAGUCAUCUUUUGUUAGACAUCAGACAAGUCACACAGGAGAGAAUCCAUUUACAUGUUCCGAGUGCAGCAAAUGUCUCACCUCCAAGCGACAACUUGUUUUCCAUCAGAGGCUUCACACAGGAGAAAGACCAUUUCAGUGCCCUGAAUGUAGCAAGUGUUUUAUUGAAAAGCGACAACUUGUUAUACAUCAGAGAAAUCACACAGGAGAGAAACCAUAUACAUGCACUGAAUGCAGCAAGAGUUUUACACUUUUUUCAAGUCUUCGCAAACAUCAGAGGAGUCACACAGGAGAGAAACCAUUUACAUGUUCUGAAUGUAGCAAAUGUUUUUCCCGCAGGUCAUCUCUUCUUAGACAUCAGAGUAGCCACACAGGAGAGAAACCAUAUAAAUGUCCGGGAUGUGGCAAGUGUUUUACUUCCAACCGACAACUUGUUUUACAUGAGAGGAGUCACACAGGAGAGAAACCAUUUAUAUGCUCUGAAUGUAGCAAGUGUUUUAUCUCCAAGCGACAACUUGUUUUACAUCAGAGGAUUCACACAGGAGAGAUACAAUUUAAAUGCUCUGAAUGUAGCCAGUGUUUUACAUCCAAGCUACAACUUGUUAUACAUCAGAAGAUUCACACAGGAGAGAAAUCCUUUAAAUGCUCUGAAUGUAGCAAGUGUUUUACCUCCGAGCCACAACUUGUUAUACAUCAGAAGAUGCACACAGAAGAGAACCCAUUUAAAUGCUCUGAAUGUAGCCAGUGUUUUACAGAUUUGUCAAGUCUUCUUAAACACCAGAGGAGUCACACAGGAGAGAAACCAUUUACAUGCUCUAAAUGUAGCCAGUGUUUUACCUCCGAGCCACAACUUGUUACACAUCAGAAGAUUCACACAGGAGAGAAAUCAUUUAAAUGCUCUAAAUGUAGCCAGAGUUUUACCUCCGAGCAACAACUUGUUAUACAUCAGAAGAUUCACACAGGAGAGGAAUCCUUUAAAUGCUCUGAAUGUAGCCAGUGUUUUUCCUCCGAGCCACAACUUGUUAUACAUCAGAAGAUUCAUACAGGAGAGGAAUCAUUUAAAUGCUCUGAAUGUAGCAAGUGUUUUACAGAUUUGUCAAGUCUUCUUAAACACCAGAGGAGUCACACAGGAGAGAAACCAUUUCCAUGUUCUGAGUGUAGUGAGUGUUUUUCCUGUAAAUCACAUCUUGUUUUACAUCAGAGGAGUCACACAGGAGAUAAACCAUUUACAUGCUCUGAGUGUAACAGCUGUUUUUCCAGUGAAUCACUUCUUGAGAGACAUUGGAAGAGUCACACACAAGAGAAGCCAUUUACAUGUUCUGAAUGUAGCAAAGGUUUCACCUGUAAUUCAGAUCUUGAAAGACAUUGGAAGAUUCACACAGGAGAGAAACCAUUUACAUGUUCUGAAUGUAGCAAAUGUUUUUCCCGUAAGUCAUCUCUUGUUAGACAUCAGAGGAGCCACACAGGAGUGAAACCAUAUAAAUGUCCGGAAUGUGGCCAGUGUUUUACCUCCAACCGACAACUUGUUAUACACGAGAGGAGUCACACAGGAGAGAAACCAUUUAAAUGCUCUGAAUGUAGCAAGUGUUUUAUCGCCAAGCAACAACUUAUUAUACAUCAGAGGAGUCACACAGGAGAGAAACCGUAUACAUGCACUGAAUGCAGCAAGUGUUUUAAAGUUUUGCCAAGUCUUCGCAAUCAUCAGAGGAGUCACAUAGGAGAGAAACUGUUUCCGUGUUCUGAAUGUAGCAAAUGUUUUACCCGCAAGUCAUCUCUUGUUAGACAUCAGAGGAGCCACACAGGAGAGAAGCCAUAUAAAUGUCUGGAAUGUGGCCAGUGUUUUACCGCCAACCAACAACUUGUUAUACAUGAGAGGAGUCACACAGGAGAGAAACCAUUUGAAUGCUCUGAAUGUAGCAAGUGGUUUGUCUCCAAGCGACGACUUGUUUUACAUCAGAGGAUUCACACAGGAGAGAAACCGUAUAAAUGUUCAGAAUGCAGCAAGUGUUUUUCCAGUAAAUCACAGCUUGUCUGUCAUCAUAUGAUUCACACAGGAGAGAAGCCAUUUAAAUGUUCUGAUUGCAUCAGAUGUUUUACCUCCAAACCACAACUUGUUAUACAUCGGAGGAUUCACACAGGAGAGAAACCAUUUAAAUGUUCUAAAUGCAUCAAAUGUUUUACCUCCAAGCCACAACUUGUUAAACAUCAGAGAAUUCACACACGAGAGAAACCAUUUAAAUGUUCUAAAUGCAUCAAGUGUUUUACCUCCAAGCCACAACUUGUUAUACAUCAGAGGAAUCACACAGGAGAAAAAACAUUUAUAUGCUUAGAAUGCAGAAAAUGUUUUAUAGAUUGCUCAAGUCUUCAGAAACAUCAGAGUAGUCACACAGGAGAGAAACCAUUUACAUGUUCUGAAUGUAGCAAAUGUUUUCCCCGUAAGUCAUCUCUUGUUAUACAUCAGAGGAGCCACGCAGGAGUGAAAACAUAUACUUGUCCUGACUGCAGCAAAUGUUUUACCUCCAAGCGACAGCAUGUUACACAUAUUAGGCUUCACACAGGAGAAAAAAAUAUAUAAAUGCUCCAAAAGUAGCAAGUGUUAUACCGAUUUGUCAAGUCUUCUGAAACACCAGAAGAUUCACACAGAAGAAACCAUUUACAUGUUCUGAUUGUAUACUGCUUUACUAGUAAGAAAAUGUCAUAAAUCAACUUUUAUCACCACAAUAUACAUUCAAGGGAGCCGAUAUUAAUUUUCUGAAAUGUGGCAUGUGUUUUCUAUAAAUUGGGAUUGAUAAAGACAGAGGAUGAAUUUUGUUUUCUUUAUAUAGCUAUUUUUAAUGUCAUGUUAUUAUAUGCUUAGUUAUUUGAUGUAUUGGGUUGUUUUGUUGUGAUUUGGGCAGUGUUAAAUUGGUAUUGAUAAAGACAGGAGAGGAUGAAUUUUGUUUUCUUUAUAUAGCUAUUGUUAAUGUCAUGUUAUAAUAUGCCUAGUUAUUUGAUGUAUUGGGUUGUUUUGUUGUGUUUUGGGCAGUGUUAAAUUGGUAUCGAUAAAGACAGGAGAGGAUGAAUUUGGUUUUCUUUAUAUAGCUAUUGUUAAUGUCAUGUUAUAUAUGCCUAGUUAUUUGAUGUAUUGGGUUGUUUUGUUGUGUUUUGGGCAGUGUUAAAUUGGUAUCGAUAAAGACAGGAGAGGAUGAAUUUGGUUUUCUUUAUAUAGCUAUUGUUAAUGUCAUGUUAUAUAUGCCUAGUUAUUUGAUGUAUUGGGUUGUUUUGUUGUGUUUUGGUCAGUGUUACUGUUACAAGGAUAUUGAUUGUGUUAUAUUUAAUCUGUAAUGGCACCACUCAAAGACUCAGCAGAUAAAGCACCUUGAGUCCUAUUGAAGAAAGAGCGCUAUAUAAAUAAAAUUAUUAUUAUUAUUAUUAUUAUUAUUGUAACUUGCAUAGGAGAACUUUGUUACUUAGUAACUAUUGAUCAAAAGGCAAGCUACUUCUAAGAUGCAUAAGUUCAUUAAUUUAGAGUCAAGGCUUUUAGCAGAGACGACAUUGUUGUGAUCAGGAAAUUCUUCGCAAAUAUAUAGAUCAUAAUAUCCUUAGAGGGUGACACAUUUUCAAAUCCUGUUUCUUUAAGGAUGAUCCUAAAUUGACCUCUAUUUUGAAUACUGUAUUGGACAAGUGUUCAUUUCCACUGAUUAGACUAUUACUUUUAUAUAGAGGAAAUUAGAUUUCAAAAUUAUUUGGAGAAAUUGAAAAAAACUCAAGACCUCUGAAGUAUUUUUAAAAUGUGAUUGGGUUUAAAGAACGAGAUCAGAUAUUAAAUAAAAAGAAAUUGAGGAUAAUGAAAAAUUCCUGGGUAAUAAUAAAAAAUAUUUAUUUGACACUUUAAUACUUAGGCUAACAAUCUAGUGAGGUCCUUUACAGGAGGCAUGUCUGGAAUCAGGCUUUAGUAGGUAGAUCUAAUCCACCCUCUGAUUUUUUAAGCUUACAACAGAAAGUUAAGUGAAACAACUGGGAAGAAAGAAUAAUGCAUUCCAAUAUGCGUGUAAAUGGAACAGAUGUAUAUAGACAGACGUAAGAGUUGUAAUUAUAACCAAUCGUGUGAAGAUGAACAUUAUCCCAAAUUGAAUUUUCACUAUUUUUCGAAGGGGCCAAUACCAAAAUCAUUUAUCGCAAAGCAAGAGAACUUAUCAAAAUUCUGGUGAAUUCAAAGUAGAGUAAACCAUUAAUCAAGACAAAUGACUAAUUCAUUUUUUUUAGGACCAGAUUAUAAAAAAAGAUAGAGAUAUGGAUACAGGGAAUGUAGAGGAGGUAGCAAUCCACCAAAAAGUGUAAAAAUAGGUUGAAUAAAAGACAAGGACACUUUGCGAACAUGAAAAAUUAGUGAUUGUAAUGGGACUUGACGUAACCCUGAUAUGUUUGAUCGUAAGAGAUAUUUUGCCAAUAUAAACAUCAAAAUCAUUAAUGGUAGUGCUAUUGUCUUGGAUAAUGAUCAAGAAAUGAUUCAUGCAUUAGAUAAGCUCUUGGCUGAGAGUGGAGCUACCGACAAACUCAGAAUAUCCUGAGGUCAUUUAUAGAAUGAAGAAGGAUUUUUUUAUAAUAUUGUACUAAAAAAAAAAAUAUAUAUAUAUUAUUUAUAUAUAUAUAUAUAUAUAUAUAUAUAUAUAAAAUCCAUCAGGAUAAUGUACAUUUCAAUGAAAGAGCAUUGAAAAAUCUUACGAAUGAGGAGUCUAUAAUAAUUAAGGGGGCUGAUGAAGUGUUGUCAUUCAAGAUGGAAUUGAUUACCUCUCUGAGGCAUGCAAGCAGAUGAAUACAUUUUCUAGCAAAUGUAAAUUUUUGAACGGUUACAUUUCUAUCCUAUCUGUUGGGUAGUGCACUGACCAAAGGUGAUAUUUCUAAGGAUAAAUUGUUUUCUUUAUGCUGCACACCCGAUUAUUCCCACCUAUUAUCACCUCUCUAAAAUUCAUAAAUAUUUAUUCUCGCUACCUGGUUGUCCUGUUAUAUCUGGGUUCUUUAAACCCUAAACUAUCUUUUGUUGACUCUUAUCUUCAAACUCGCGUCAUUGCUUUUCGAUCCCACAUCUGAGAUAUGCCCUAAUUCAAAACUUUAUGAAUGGUAUCACUUGGUAUGAGGGGUAUCCACUUGUGUGAUUUAGAGAUUCUGUACACCAUCCCCACAAAGGGGAAUUUGAGGCUGUCCAACAUUUUUUUAUAUAUAUAUAUAUAUAUAUAUAUAUAUAAAUAAUGCGAAAGCAGUCACUGACUGACUGACUAAUUCUCUUACGUCCCGAUAUGUUAGAUGAAAUGUAACAAGUAUUCUGCAGGUGGGAGAUAGUAAAACAAUGUAAUUAGAAUUUAAAAAAAACUCCUGUAAUGUGAUGAAAGGGGGGUUGACAUAAUGAUAUCUUUACCGAUGCGUGGCUUGCAUUGCGUGAACGAUACUGCCCAAAUGGACAAUUGGAUCAAAAUUUGGAUUGCACCUCCAGUGUGUAGAAUUUAAUAAACUACAAAAAUGGUCCUGUCUCUUCUCACCGUACCUGCUACAUGUGCUCCUGGGGUAACGCCAAGAACCAUGGAUUAAUAGUUACUUACAUUAAGACAUCUCAAAUUUACAGCUUUAUAGAGUUACCAAAUUUUUUACAUUUAUAUGUACAAAUGUGAAAAUCAGAAACUCCUGUGCGAAGUACUGAUAUGGGAUUGGAUCCUAGACAAUGUAAGUUUAUCCUGGAUUCAAUUUCUUUUAUUCUUAUAAUUUUCUCUAACGUCCUAAGUGGAUUCUGACUAUAUUAUGUGUUUUUUAGCCAAUCUAAGGUACUUUAAUUGCAGUCCAGGGCGCCUCCCCCCCCCCCCCAGCGCCCUGCACCCAUCAGUGACCGGAGUAUGUGGUGUGCUAAGGGAGCAAUGGCGCACAGCUGCAGGGCUGUGCGCUACCUUAAUGAAGACCGAAGUCUUCUGCCGCCGAUUUCCAGGAUUCUCUUCUUGCUUCUGGUUCUGCAAGGGGGACGGCGGCGCGGCUCCGGGACCGGACAACCGAGGCUGGGCCUGUUUUUGAUCCCUCUGGAGCUAAUGGUGUCCAGUAGCCUAAGAAGCCCAAGCUAGCUGCAAGCAGGUAGGAUUGCUUCUCUCCCCUAAGUCCCUCGUAGCAGUGAGUCUGUUGCCAGCAGAUCUCACUGAAAAUAAAAAACCUAAAUAUUACUUUCUUUUCUAAGAGUUCAGGAGAGCCCCUAGUGUGCAUCCAGCUCGGCCGGGCACAGUAUCCUAACUGAGGUCUGGAGGAGGGGCAUAGAGGGAGGAGCCAGUGCACACCAGGUAGUCCUAAAUCUUUCUUAGUUGUGCCCAGUCUCCUGCGGAGCUGCUAUUCCCCAUGGUCCUUACGGAGUUCCCAGCAUCCACUACGGACUACGAGAAAUAGAUUUACCGGUGAGUAAAAUCUUUUUUCUUUUUUUUUCUGCUCGACACAUCUCCAGGUACAUGGGAACACCAUGAGCAAUAUAGUUUGCCCCGAGUUUUGCCAGUUUGUACACGGGGCUCUUUUAGGACCAAUUAUCACUGCAAACUUGGCGCUCCAUGGCAGGUAGUUCUCAUCUUAAUACAAAUACUUUCCAUCAUUCACACAAGUUUUCUUGAUAUUUCCCCCUCGGUCAGGAAUAGUUAUGGGCUGCAAUCUUUAAAAAAAAAAAAAAAAAAAAAGCCAGUACUGUAGUUUUGUUUUAAUUUUUUUUUCUCCAAAAAUAUUUUUAUUAAAUUUCAAUAGGCAACAUGGUACAAGAGAGAGACUCUAUACAUAAAGAAAGCCAUGCAUAAAUCACGGUGAUGGGGACAGAAUAGUCCAUAAAGUGAUGCACACUAAAACUAAAUCAAUACAGUGUAGUGUCAGUCUUGCCCAUAAUUUACAAGAAAACAGAACAAUUAUGAAAAUGUAGAAAAGGAAAGGGGAAGAAGGAUAAGAAACCCGUAGCAGGAUUCUGCUUUUAAGCGCUUCUCAAACCACUUAGAUCGAAAUAGAUGAAAUAUAACGUGGUAUGCAAGAUCCAAUGUACAUUACAGUUACAAUGCAAUAAAAGUGUAUUCCAACUCAGAA